AGCGAGUGUGAGUGACGGAGAGAGAGAGUACGAGAGAGAGAGAGUAAGAGAGAGAGAGAGCGCAAGACGAGAAACGCAAAACGACUUUACUUUACAACACCGUUGCACCAGCGAGCACAAAACUAACUCAAGAUGUGUGGGAAAAUUAUUGCUAACGUCGGUCUUCUUCUGGUGACUUUUUGCAUGGUCGUGGCUCAGGACUGCUCCCAGCCCUGUGAUUGCCCCUCCGAUCCCCCUCCCUGCCCCAUCGGCACCAGCCUGGUCCUGGACGGGUGUGGCUGUUGUAAGGUGUGCGCCAGGCAGGUGGGUGAGCCCUGCUCCCUUCUGGAGCCCUGUGACCACCACAAGGAGCUCUACUGCGACUACACCGCCCUGAGUGACAUGGAGACGGGCGUCUGCAUGGCCCGGGAGGGCCAGACCUGCGACCUGGGCGGGGUGAUCUACCGCAGCGGGGAGACCUUCCAGCCCAGCUGCAAGCACCAGUGCAUCUGCAUGAACGGGGAGAUCGGCUGCGUGCCCACCUGUGCCAGCGACGUGCGGCUGCCCUCGCCCGACUGCCCCUACCCGCGCCGCGUUCAGAUCCCCGGCAAGUGCUGUGAGGAGUGGGUGUGCGACGGGGCACCCGAGGACCGCCCCUUCCAGUCCGCCAUGGCCGGUACGUCCCCAGGCAUCUACAGGGAGGUCCCUGAGUACGGGCCAGACCCGGAGAGCGCCCGGGACAACUGCAUCGUGCAGACCACCGAGUGGACCGAGUGCUCCACCACCUGUGGCAUGGGCAUCUCAACCCGCGUCACCAACGACAACGAGAAGUGCCAGCUGGAGAAGCAGAGCCGCGUCUGCAUGAUCCGGCCCUGCCACGCCCAGCUGGAGAAGGCCAUCAAGAGGGGGAAGAAAUGUGUGCGAACACCCAAGACCCUGCGCGCCAUGCGGUUCGAGCUGUCAGGCUGCUCCAGCGUCCGGGUCUACAAGCCCAAGUUCUGCGGGGCGUGCACGGAUGGCCGCUGCUGCACCCCCCACACCACCGUCACGGCGGAGGUGGAGUUCCGCUGCCCCGAGGGUGACACCUUCCGCCGCAAGAUGAUGUUCAUCAAGACCUGCUCCUGCCACCACGACUGCCCCCGGGAGAACGACAUCUUCCUCUCCACGCACCGCCGCCGAAUGAACGGCGACUAUGACAACGACAUGUGAGAGGCCCCGCCCCCCCAGCCAUGCCCCCGGCAGC